GACAACCGGGGCUUGGUAGCAGCGCGGCGCACGCCACAAGUGCCGUCUUGUGUUUGUCGACGCGCUUUGUUACCGCAGCGGUUUUCCUCUUGUCUCCCGUGGGUACAGCAGUGGUCGCCAUGUCUUCGCCGGCUCGCAUGGCCGCCGAUCCGGCGGCCGCGUCCACCAUUGCGGCAGGGGCAGACUACGCCGUCGUCCAAGAUCCCAUCCCGGUGCAGCGCGGCGACUCCCGCGUCAUGAAUCUCGAGCGGUGGUGGGUGCUUCCAGGUCCAAGGUCGUGCGCGGACACGAAAAACCUGUCCGUGUUGAUGGCGGUCGUGCAACCACACUGGUAGACGCGCACGACUUCGAACCCA